UUUUUUUCUGCAGAGGGAGGAAAAUGAGGACUACUGGUGCAGUGGACUAUUUGUACUAUUGCAUGCUCAUCCUGCAGCUUGUGCACCAGCCCGCUGCCAAGCAAGUGCUCCGGUACCGUCUGGCCGAGGAGGGACCGGCGGAUGUCAGGGUAGGGAACGUAGCCGGUGACUUGGGCAUUGUCGCCGGGUCGGGUGAGGUGACGUUCACUCUUGAAUCUGGCUCUGAAUUUUUCAAAAUAGACAACAUAACAGGUGAGCUCACCACUAAUGAGCGGAGGAUCGACCGUGAGAAACUGCAGCAGUGCCAAAUGAUUUUUGAUGAAAAUGAGUGUUUUAUAGAUUUUGAGGUGUCGGUGAUCGGGCCAGCUCAGAGUUGGGUCGACCUCUUCGAGGGGAAAGUCAUCAUAUUAGAUAUUAAUGAUAACACUCCAUCCUUCCCUUCCCCUGUUCUGACACUGUCUGUGGAGGAAAACAGACCAAUUGGAACCCUUUAUCUACUGCCCACAGCCACAGACAGAGAUUUUGGCCGAAAUGGAAUAGAGAGAUAUGAGCUCAUUCAGGACAAUGGGGAAAACUCACGGCGCUUGAGCUCCUUGGGGGAUGCGUACUCAGGGAAAAGGAGAUUUGACGAUGCAGCGAGCAGGAGCAGCGUCUUUGAACUCCAAGUUGCUGACACUACCGAUGGAGAGAAGCAGCCCCAACUCAUCAUUAAAGGGGCUCUUGAUCGGGAACAGAGAGACUCCUACGAGCUCACGCUACGUGUUCGGGACGGAGGAGAUCCCCCUCGGUCGUCCCAGGCCAUUCUAAGGGUGAUGAUCACCGACGUGAAUGACAACAGCCCUCGCUUUGAGAAGAGCGUGUACGAGGCUGACCUUCCAGAAAACAGCUCCCCUGGCGCCCCCAUCCUGCAGCUCAAGGCGGCGGAUGCCGACGUUGGGGUUAACGGUCAAAUAGAGUACGUGUUCGGAGCUGCCACAGAGUCUGUAAGGAGGUUGCUGAGGUUGGAUGAGAGCACGGGCUGGUUGAGUGUGUUGCACCGCAUUGACCGUGAAGAAGUCAGCCAACUGAGGUUCACGGUAAUGGCGCGAGACCGAGGUCAACCGCCCAAAAUGGACAAGGCCACAGUGGUACUCAACAUCAAGGAUGAGAAUGACAAUGUUCCCGCUAUUGAGAUCCGGAAAAUCGGACGUAUCUUCCUCAAAGAUGGGAUUGCCAAUGUGGCUGAGGAUGUGGUGGUGGACACGCCCAUCGCCUUGGUCCAGGUAUCCGACCGCGACCAGGGAGAAAAUGGCAUAGUGACGUGCACUGUUGUAGGGGAUGUGCCCUUCCAGUUAAAACCAGCCAGUGAGAUGGAGGGGGAGCAGAAUAAAAAGAAGUAUUUUCUCCACACAUCUGCACCGCUGGACUAUGAGGCCACACAGGAAUACAAUGUGGUCAUAGUGGCUGUUGACUCUGGAAGCCCAAGUCUGGCGAGUAACAACUCUCUUAUUGUCAAAGUGGGUGACACUAAUGACAACUCUCCUAUCUUCAGCCAGAAUGUAGUAGAGGUGUCAUUCCCUGAAAACAACGCCCCUGGCGAGAGGGUGACAACGGUGGCAGCCAUCGAUGCAGAUAGCGGGAAGAACGCUGAAAUCGCCUACUCCCUAGACUCAUCGGUAAAUGGGAUUUUCUCCAUUGACGCAGACAGUGGAGACAUCCGAGUAAACACCAUUCUGGAUAGAGAGCAAACAGAGCGGUACGAAUUCAAAGUGAUCGCCAAAGAUAAGGGGAUGCCUAUGCUCCAGGGCUCAGCGACAGUGGUCGUCCUUGUGGCCGAUAAGAAUGACAACGAACCCAAGUUUAUGCAGGAUGUGUUCACCUUCUACGUCAAAGAGAACCUUGAGCCAAACAGCCCAGUUGGCAUGGUUACAGUCAUUGAUGCGGAUAAAGGCCAAAAUGCCGAGAUGAGCCUUUUCAUUGAGGAAGAGGAGGAGAUAUUUUCGAUUGAGAAUGAGACUGGAACCAUUUUCUCCACCCUGUCUUUUGAUCGUGAGCAGAAAACGACCUACUCGUUCCGCGUCAAAGCUGUGGAUGGAGGUGACCCUCCCAGGUCGGCAACUGCCACCGUUUCACUCUUUGUCAUGGAUGAAAAUGACAACGCUCCAACAGUCACCUUCCCGAUAAACAGUUCGUACACCCUUCUUCCUCCCUCUAGUAAUAUCAGAACAGUUGUCAGGACUGUCAUAGCGACCGAUACCGACACCGGCAUCAACGCGGACCUCAACUACAGCAUCAUUGGUGGAAAUCCCUUCAAGUUGUUUGAGAUUGAUGGGGGCAGUGGGGUCAUUUCGCUGGUGGGAAAGCUGGAACAGAAGCACUACGGCCUCCACAGAUUGGUGGUCCAGGUGAACGACAGCGGGCAGCCUUCACAGAGCACCACCACACUAGUUCAUGUUUACGUUAACGAGACACUUUCCAAUUCCACGGUUGUGGAGGCCCAGGUUGCCAAGAGCCUGAGCACAUCUCUCAACACCAACAUUGCUGGUGAUCCCAACUAUGAUCUAAGCAAACAACGGCUAAGCAUCGCCAUUGGUGUCAUAUCAGGCAUCAUGACUGUUAUCCUUAUUAUUCUUGUUGUUGUUAUGGCCCGUUACUGCCGGCCCAAGAACAAAAAUGGCUAUGAGGCCGGCAAGAAGGACCACGAAGACUUCUUCACACCCCAACAGCAUGACAAAUCAAAGAAGCCAAAGAAAGAUAAGAAAAAACAAAAGUCCAAACAACCCCUCUAUAGCAGCAUUGUGACUGUAGAGGCCUCGAAACCCAAUGGACAGCGGUACGACGGUGUUAACGAGAAGCUGACGGACAGUCCUGGCAUGGGCCGCUAUCGUUCAGUCAACGGAGGACCCGGGAGCCCAGAUUUGGCCAGACAUUACAAGUCCAGCUCACCACUCCCCACGGUUCAGCUUCACCCGCAGUCGCCGACGGCUGGGAAAAAGCAUCAGGCAGUUCAAGACCUGCCUCCUGCCAAUACCUUUGUUGGCACUGGAGAUAACAUUUCCCUGGGAUCUGACCACUGUUCCGACUACAGCAGUCAAACUAUCAACAAGUACAACAAACAGCCAUUUCGGCGAGUGACCUUCUCGGUGGUGAGCCAGCCCCAGGACCCUCACCAGCAGGGAUCGCUGCAGAGCUGCUACGACAGUGGCCUGGAUGAGUCGGAGACGCCCAGCAGCAAGAGUUCUUCGGGCCCCCGGCUGGGCGCCCUUCCCCUGCCUGAGGACAGCUACGAGAGGACAACGCCGGAUGGCAGUGUCGGUGAGGCAGAGCACAUGGAAAAUGACUCCCGGCCUUUGCCUGACGUAGCCAUGACUGGCAAGUGCACCCGGGAAUGCGACGAGUAUGGCCAUUCGGACUCAUGCUGGAUGCCAGUGCGGACGUCUCCCGAGCGACGGCCAUCUAAGUCAACCUCCAACCCCCAACAACCAAAGCUUUCCACUUUCAUGAGCGGCAAUGGCAGCAGCAGUGGCAGCAGCAGUGCUGACCAGCCCGGCAGCCAGGAGACCCUCGCCAUGGCCGCCAUGGCCAAUGGAGACCCCACUGUCGCUCACAUGAUGGGCGACCGCAAUCGCAACCUGCUCAACAAGAUGUCCUCCUCCUCCUCCUCUUACGAGGCUUUCGGCUCCCCUUCCUACGGCUCGCCUGGAGGUGGGGAGGAGGUGCUGGGCCAUCCAACUGAGGAGAUCCCUUUGGCUCCCACUGGGGAGUACAAACCAACUUCCUGUGGUACUCUAACACGAAGAGAGGUGUACCUGUGAGCUGAGUGGGUUAGACACCCAUCCAUUAGAAUACAACAGUUGCUUACCACAACCAUUACAGAUAGGACCAACCUUUCUCCAAAGACAACUACAACUGCUUCUUAUCAUAAAAUCUAAGUGGAUAUAUAGACGUAGUACCAUUUUAAAAAGUGCUGGCUCUGACUGUGAGCUGGUAGUAGGAGGAAAGGGAUUAGGGAAGUAUUGAAGUCAUUCAGAGAAUUUGGGAUUAAAGUUUACUGGAUCGUUGGGCUCUUGGAACAUGAUCUGCUGCCUGACAGACAAUUUGUAUAAAAAAGAAACCCAACCCAUUUUCCACACUGUACACAGUUCAUGCAUGAAUUAACUCCAGUUGGCCCCUUCCCAAAUGAUGUGUACAAAAUGGACCAUUCCUUUUUUUGGGUUCAUGUUUUUCUAGCAACUGUUUUGACUUCAUAGUGUGUCCAGUUAUGAGCUUGUUUAAUACUAUGGAACACUUUGACCAGGAUGUCACGUGGCUGCAACAACAUACUGGACGCUGCCGUGUCCGUUCAUAGAUUGUGUCAUCUUGAUUGUGAUGAACACUGGUCAACAAUAGACCAAAAACCCAACCAACUUACAAAUUCCUAGGGUUGGGAAGGACUGAGCUUUAAACAUUUCUUGCCCCCAAACCAAGACCUGUCUCAGCCACCUCUUAUAAAUGUUGGACAAGAGGGGCCGAUGGAAUUUGCUGCAGCAUCACAGUGGUUCAAACUAUCCCCAUACUGGUACGGUACUGAACACAUCACUUACCCAUGUGUAAACUCUACAAGUUGACAAGUCACUCAUUGUACAGAAGCAUCCACAGCAACCGUGCUUAUUGCCAUCACUCACUUCACCUCACUGUCUCCCUUAAGUCUUUGUCAUUGAUUGACGGGACCGAACCCCCUCACGAGAUGCAAGAUCGUAGAGCUAUGACCUAUCACCGCACUGGCUGGAAAAGCAUGUGUACAUGGUUGUGCAGUGGAUUGCCACUGGUUAUAUAUCAAGUUGUAAUGCUUACCCAUUUUCGUAUAGUGUGUUUUUUUGUUUUUUACAAACUUUGCUUACUUACACACUCUCCAGUACCCUCUCACAUGCACAUACUGGGAAAAUAAAGAUACAUUUAACAGAAGCCAGUGACUAUGCUGUGCUGUUGGACUGAAAAUCAUGGACAAGCACAGCUUGUAGCAUGAUUUACAAUUUGACAGAUUAGUAUGUGUAUGGACCAGAUAUGCAGUAUAAAUAGUGUGUAUGUCUAUGUAUAUUUACUGUGUAGAUGUACACCAAUAAUAGGCUUAAGAGGGCAUAAAUAUGGCUGAGCUAGUCCUAAGACAGUCCCAAGGACAGCUUUUUUUUAGUUAAUUUUUUUUAGUGUUAUUCCUUUUUUGAUGUGUGACAGACUGAGCAAUAAAUAUCAUAGUGUAUAUGUGACCAACAAGCAUCAACUUGUUUCUCGCUUCUUCCUCAAACCUUAACCCACGUAAUCGUUGUCCGGGAAUCACUUUAGCACUUGUAGACGGUGCUUGUCGAAGGACGUGACGAUGGCAUUAUUGAGCAUGAAUGUACGAAUCAGCUCAUCGAAGAACAAUCAAACAAACAAAAAGCAAAGUCUGUACUUGCAGUUCUGUUAACUUUGAACUGAAGGUGCGAAAUGAAAGCUUCAUGAGUAGGACAAAGAGUUCGUAGUUCCGUGCAAAAAUAGCUUUCUGCUUUUCAAACAGAUGUGCAGUUUUUAAAUGAAGGAUUGAAACUAACAAUAAGAAUGUGACUUGUCAACGAAACAUCCAUUACAUCCUUAAUGGUAACAUGCACAUGGACACAUGAUAAUGUUGGGAUAUGGCGCCUUCCUCACACAGGGCACACGCUCUCAUGACUGUAAUAAAAACAAAUGAUUAUCAGAUGCAAUGUUUUUCUAUGUUGACAAAACCCCUUUUUGGUUUGAACGGAGCUGUUUUUUCUUGCAUCCCGUUAAUCUAUAGUCUGUAAGUAUUAUUCGUUGUUCGAAGGAAAGUGCUCCUAUACUUACCGACUGUACACAUGAAUAUUUACUUUUUACUGCACGUUUAAAGGGAACUUCAUGUAAUGCAAAGGAAAACUAAAAAAAUGCAAAAUAAAAUGUAAAAAAAGUUAUCCCUGUAAACACAGAAAUCCACCUCGUUGCUUGCGUUAGCUAUACCUAACAACAUGUUAGCCAUGUAGUACAACCUAGUACAUCAUACCACACCAGUUUCCUAACAACAAUUUUUUAACCAUCGUUUUCCAACAAAUCUUUGAAAUGUUACUUUUAGACAAAAUUUUACAUCACAAAAUGUUGUUGGCAUGUUUUACUUUUUUAAAAACCAUAUUGUUACACAAUAGUCUAAACACCUCAUGACAAAACAUAUAUAUUGUACUACUGUAUGUGUUUAUCUUUUUCUUUAUCUGGUGCCAGUUUGUAUAUUUAGAGUGCGUCUGAAAAAAGAAAAAAAUACACACAAAAAAGAAAAAAAAAUUGAGUGAAUGCAAAUAUGCAAUUGUGCCUUUUUAUACCGAUUGGUAUGAUUACAUGUUGGUUUGGAAUGGUGCAUAAACUGUUAUCUUGCUUUUAAAAGUGGAUGGGAGAUUCAGUUAAGGACAGGCAGAGAUACAUUUUGCUUAUCCUAGAUAUAAAAAA